AUGAAGACGACUGAAGAAGACGAAGGCAUGUAUCACUGCGCUGUGAUUGAUUGGAACAAGAACAUUUGGCAAGGGAUCUAUUUGCUGAUAAAAGGAAACACUGUGGUGUCUUCAAAUUACACAGUUGUUCAGACUCCUACAAUAUCACAUCCAAUUCAUCCAGGAGACCCAGUGACCCUUCAGUGUUCGGUCCUCUCCAACUCUGACAGCAAGAAAUGUUCAGGAGAUCUGAAUUUGUUCUGGAUAAGAGCCGGAGACAAAUCUCUCCCAAACAUCAUCUACACUGAUGGAAACAGAGAAAACAAAUGUGAAGAGAAACUGGACUCUCAGCAGAGAUGUGUGUAUAACUUCUCUAAGACGGUCAACGCAUCUGAUGCGACUUUCUACUGUGCUGUGGCCACAUGUGGAGAGAUAUUCUUUGGGAAUGGAACCAAUCUGGAUAUUAAAGAUUCCAUCUUGUGGUCCAAUGACGCUGGAAAAGUCAUUAUUCUUCUCUCUGCUGCUCUGGCAAUAAGUCUGGUUGUGAUCGCUCUUCUUAUUUACUUCAUCCUGAAAAAUAAAUGUGUUCACUGUAAAGCUGAUUCAGAGUUGCAGAAAAACAUCAGCAGACAGAAACCUCAAGAGAGAUGUAAGGCUGGAUGGAUUUACUCUGCAGCCAUCUUUACUACAAUACACUCUGACUGGGCAGGACUGAAGAAAGAAGUAGAGAAAAAGAGGAUCUACGCCGCUGUCAAAGCUUUUGGAUUAAAUUGAGGAAAUUGUUUGCUUUAAUCUUAAACCAAAUAAAGGAAUAAAUAAUGAUUUCAUUUAUUUAUUGAAUAUAGAUUACUCAUACCCAUUUGGUUUUUGGUUUUGGUUUUUUUCUGUCUUAUUCCUUUUGUAAUUUCUGGUCAUUGGU